UCGCCAUCGUCACUUGUUAACUACAACUUCUUAAUUAAACACCUUCACAAAAACUCAUAUUCCACCUAUCAAAAUGACUGGAGGCAAAUCUGGAGGCAAGGCCAGCGGCAGCAAGAACGCCCAAUCCCGCUCGUCUAAGGCCGGUCUCGCCUUCCCCGUUGGUCGUGUCCAUCGUCUGCUCCGCAAGGGCAACUAUGCCCAGCGUGUUGGUGCCGGUGCUCCCGUUUACCUCGCUGCCGUCCUUGAGUAUCUCGCCGCCGAAAUCCUUGAAUUGGCUGGCAACGCUGCUCGCGAUAACAAGAAGACCCGUAUCAUCCCUCGUCACCUUCAGCUCGCCAUCCGCAACGAUGAGGAACUGAACAAGCUUCUGGGUCACGUCACCAUUGCCCAGGGUGGUGUCCUCCCCAACAUCCACCAGAACCUUCUGCCCAAGAAGACCCCCAAGAGUGGAAAGGGCCCGGGAAGCCAGGAGCUGUAAACAAUUUCUUUCUAAUUUGGGUUCUCUGAUUCGGCGCGGUUUGGUUCUCUUAUUGAUGUGAUAACGGGGUUCU